AUGGUGGUUGUGGGUGCAAGUAACGGCAGCUUCGGCAACAUGAGGUCGUCCUUCAUGAUAGAAGACCGGACAGGAGGAGCUGGAGAUCCCGGAGGAAACACGAUGGUCUCCGAGGGUCUGGGGCCGCGGCUGCUGAAGAUUGCGCAAGGCGCGGCAGAAGCGGCAGCGGCAGCAGCGGCAGGAGCGGCAGCAACGACGUCUCCAUCCACCUCCAGUCAGCCGCAGGUGAUGGAGAUAAACGGCACGCGGUGCGGGGAGCAGAUUCUGGCCUACGGUCAGUUUGAGAAGGUGCUGAUCGGCGCGGUGCUCACCAUGCUGACGCUGAGCACCAUUUGCGGGAACAUGUUGGUGGUGAUCUCCGUUUGUUUCGUGAAAAAGCUCCGGCAGCCCUCCAACUAUCUGAUCGUUUCUCUGGCUGUGGCGGACAUGUCGGUGGCUCUGGCCGUCAUGCCGUUCGUCAGCAUCACAGAUCUGAUCGGGGGUCAGUGGAUCUUCGGGCAGUUCUUCUGUAACGUGUUCAUCGCCAUGGAUGUGAUGUGCUGCACCGCGUCCAUCAUGAGUCUGUGCGUAAUCAGCAUCGACAGGUAUCUUGGCAUCACCAAACCUCUCACGUAUCCAGUGCGUCAGACCGGCUGCUGCAUGGCUAAGAUGGUUCUGUCUGUGUGGCUGCUCUCCGCCUCCAUCACCCUCCCUCCUCUCUUCGGCUGGGCGCAGAACGUAAACGACGGACGGGUCUGUCUCAUCAGUCAGGACUUCGGAUACACCGUGUACUCCACGGCGGUGGCGUUCUACAUCCCAAUGUCCGUCAUGUUGAUCAUGUACAACCGGAUCUACAGAGCGGCCAAACUCAGCGCCGCCAAACACACCAUCACCUGUUUCCCCAGGCAGAGGGAGGCUAUCCGAGGGGGGAAACGAGGAAAAGACGGUCACCGCGUGGAUGAGGAAACGGGAAGCGUUGAAGCGACGGAGAACGUGGACGAAGAAGAAGAAGAGAGUUUUGAUUGUGUGGCGGCGGCGUUGAAGCUACAACGAGAAGUGGAAGAAGAGUGUAGCACACGGGUUUCUCGCCUCUUAAAAACUGGGGAUCGCAGAAAGAGGAAAAACCAGUCCAUCUUUAAGCGUGAGCAGAAAGCGGCGGCCACGUUGGGAAUCGUUGUCGGCGCUUUCACUUUCUGCUGGCUUCCUUUCUUCUUGGUUUCCACCGCGCGGCCUUUUAUCUGCGGCGUGGAGUGCAGCUGCGUCCCUCUGUGGCUGGAGAGGACGCUGCUGUGGCUCGGAUACGCAAACUCCCUCAUCAACCCCUUCAUUUACGCCUUCUUCAACCGCGACCUGAGGACCACCUACAGCAACCUCCUGCGGUGCCGCUACAGGAACAUCAACAGGAAGCUGUCGGCCGCCGGCAUGCACGAGGCUCUGAAGCUGGUGGAGAAACCGGAGGGCGACGCGUGAAGCUGCC